GCGUUCCAUGACUGAUGGCGACCAUCAUGAAGAAAACCCUAUUUCUAUCUUCCAGUUUUUGUUUUGCCAUGACUAAAAGGUAGCAGUCUUUCACGUGCAUGGACUUUGUCAACGAAAGAUUCAAAGCAUACAACCCAUAAAUACGUUGCCAAGGGCUUUCAAUUUUGGUGAAGGAUUUUGAGGUUGAGCAAUUAGAAGAGAACUACAAAUCUCAGUUCGAGAAUUCUUUUUGACAGUGUUUUCUAUCCUUAGAUUUUUGCUCUGUUGUUUGGACAAUGGAGAUACAGAAUGGAAUAGAAAUUGACUCUUUCAGUAAGAGUUUUCAGAGUACAAAUGCAGAAACUGCUGGUAAAGUCAUCACUUGCAAAGCUGCAGUAGCAUGGGGGGUUAAGCAACCUCUGGUAAUAGAAGAUGUUCAGGUGGAUCCUCCAAAAUCAAUGGAAGUCCGCAUUAAAAUCACCCACACCUCGCUCUGCCACACCGAUAUUACAUUCUGGAUGGGAGGGGAAGAAAGCACGUUUCCUCGCAUAUUGGGCCACGAGGGUGCUGGUAUAAUAGAGAGCGUGGGUGAAGGCAUAACAGAUCUUGUGCCUGGAGAUCACGUGAUUCCAGUAUUCCAAGGAGAGUGUAGAGAUUGUGUUUGUUGCAAAUCUAAGAAAACCAAUCAGUGUGAAAAGUUCAAAAUUGAUCUCACAAGAACAGUCAUGAGAAGUGACGAGAAGAGCCGGUUUUCUUUGGGUGGGAAGCCGGUAUACCAUUUUAUGUCCACGUCUACAUUCAGCGAGUAUACGGUCGUGGACUAUGCUUGUAUUGUCAAAAUUAAUUCUGAAGCUCCUUUAGACAAAGCCUGCCUGCUUGGCUGCGGGGUAGCCACAGGGUUUGGAGCCGUGAUGAAUUUGACAGACAUAGAAGUUGGAUCAACAGUGGCUGUUUUUGGCUUGGGUACUGUUGGCCUUGCGGUUGCAGAAGCCGCAAGUCUAAGAGGAGCCUCAAAGAUAAUAGGAAUAGAUACCAACCCAAAUAAGUUCGCCAAAGCCAAAGUCUUGGGGGUAACCGACUGCAUCAAUCCAAAAGACCAUGAGAAGCCCAUUCAAGAAGUUAUAGCAGAGAUGACAAAAGGAGGCGUGGAUUACAGCUUCGAAUGCAUUGGAAAUACCAACGUAUUAUACCAGGCCUUUUUGUCUACUAGUGAGCCAUUGGGGAAAACGGUGUUGUUGGGACUGGACGCUAGUCCCCGCAAGAUAUGCUUCCAUCCCUUGGAAUUAUUUUCAGGGAGAACUUUAGUGGCCUCCAUCUUUGGAGGGGUCAAGGCCAAAACACAAUUGCCUGGAAUUGUGGACAUGUUUAUGCGUAAGGAGUUGAAAGUGGAGGAGUAUAUUACUCAUGAGCUCCCGUUUUCAGAAAUCAACAAAGCAUUUGAAUUGUUGUUGGAAGGCAAGUGUUUGAGAUGUGUUCUUCACCUCUAAACAAGUUUGAAGAAAUGGAAGAUUCAUUUCUGAAAGACAGAUAGAAAGGCAUUUGAGUAAUUGGUUAAGAUUACUUCUGAAACAUGCCAUAAUCUUAAGAAUGUCCUUGUUUUUAUCCAUAUAUUUAAAAUAUCAUUUUACAAGUUGUCUAUUCGUCUUUAAAUAUAUUAUAUUUUUACAAAUUGACUAUUCUUGUCUUUAAAUAUAUUUUGUAAACAU